CAGACCGGGCCGAACGGGCUGGCGGGCUCGUGGCGCAGGACACCAUGUUUGCACGAGGAUUAAAGAGGAAGUGUGCUGAUCAUGAGGAAGACCUGGGGGCAGCCCUGGCUGGCUUUAAGGCCGUUCCCUCCUAUAGCCUUCAGCGGCAGUCGCUCCUAGACAUGUCCCUGGUGAAGCUGCAGCUCUGCCACAUGCUGGUGGAGCCCAACCUCUGCCGCUCAGUCCUCAUAGCCAAUACAGUCCGGCAGAUCCAAGAGGAGAUGACCCAGGAUGGGACGUGGCGUGUGGCUGCACCCCAGAGCACAGGUCAGGCUCCCCUCGACCGCCUAGUCUCCACAGACAUCCUGUGCCGCACAGCACGGGAGCAACUAGGGGUGCGCCCUGCUCCUGGUGUGGGAGAUGGCCACGUGCUAAGCCCUGCUUCUGAACUUUCUGCAGUCCCUCCCGCCCAGGUGCCAAGGAACCUUCAGGACAGCGUCUGGGAAAUGGACAGCCCUCGGGAAAAUAGAGGAAGCUUUCAGAAGUCACUAGAUCAGAUCUUUGAAACACUGGAGACCAGAAGCCCUGGCUCCACAGAAGAGCUGUUUUCAGACAUGGACAGUUCCUACUGUGACUUGGACACGGUGCUCACGGGGAUGGUGAGCAGUGCCAAGCCAGGACCCUGUGAUGGGCUCCAAGGCUUGGCCCCAGCAGCCACCUCACCCCUACCCUCUAGCUGCAAGUCUGACCUGGGCGAGCUGGACCACGUGGUGGAGAUCCUGGUGGAGACCUGAGGCAGAGACUACAGCUGCCCCACAGUGCUCGUAAUCAGUCUGCAACCUGAGGAUGCCGAGCACUCGAC